AAAGAAAAAAAAAACUUUUUUUUUGUUCCUUUCUACCGUAUUGUCGCUUGAAAUAAGCUUUUUCUUUCUUGUUCAUUGCCAAUGGAAUCAUCUUGUGCCAUUUUGCUCGGAACGCCACCUGCGUCGUGGCCCGAUAAUACACCGUGUCGUGUGCACCACACUAUUUCUGAACCCGUGUCGCGUCACGUUGAACCUGUGAAUCAGUACUUUUUGGCUCAUGCACGUCGUCUUUUGCACAAACGGAGCUUUUCAGAAGACGAGCGGUUGGAAGCCGAGAAAAAGGCAGCCCAGAUCCAACAGGAACAACAACAAGUGGAUGCCGCCAUCGAUUUUGAGGAAGAGCCACGCGAGACUCGCAAACUCAUCAGUCUCGAUCCCAAAGACUGGAAGAGACAUGAUUUGUAUGCCAUUCUUGGUUUGGGAGCACUGCGUUAUCGAGCCACGCCUGAACAAAUUAAACUGGCUCACAAGCGCAAAGUAUUGAGACACCAUCCUGAUAAGAAAGCGCAUACCGAGGGAGGUAUUCACGAUGAUUCCUUCUUCAAGUGUAUCUCAAAAGCGUACGGUAUCCUGUCCGAUCCCGCCAAGCGUCCUUUGUAUGAUUCCAUCGACUUUGGCCUGACCGAUCCACAGCCACCUAAGAUGGCCAAAGGAGAUGAUUUCUUCACCACCUUUCAGCCUAUUUUUGAUUUUGAAUCUCGUUUUUCAAAGGCAAAAGAUGUGCCUAGACUGGGAGACAUGAACACCACCGAGGAUGAGGUGGUUCGUUUUUACGAUUUUUGGUUCAAUUUCGACUCAUGGCGAAGCUUUGAGUAUCUUAACAAGGAUGAGGAUGAAGGUGAAACGCGCGACGACAAGCGACAAAUUGCCAAAAAGAAUCGUGCGGAACAAGCCAAACGGAAGAAAGAGGAUACUGCCCGUUUACGUAUCAUUGUUGAGAAAGCGCAAGCGGCCGAUCCACGACUGAAAAUAUUCAAGGAGGAAAAGAAAAAGGCCAAGGAGCAAAAGAAAAAGGAAAGGGAAGAAGCGGCCAAGGCGGCCGAAGAACAAAAGAAAAAGGACGACGAACAAUUCAAGCUGGACCAGGAAAAACAGGAGGAAUUGAAACGCCAAGAAGCGACUGAAUUGAAAAAGCAAAAAGAAAGAACCAAAAAGCUCGUCCGAAAGGAACGAAAAGCCAUCAAAGCCUUGAUCAAGGAACGUUUACAACCGACAAGUGACGUUGUGGAAGAGGCUCAGAUGGCCGAUCUCGAAUUAAUUUUCGAAACCAUGGAUCUGGAUGCCAUUGAAGCGUGGAGAAAAGAACUAGAAACGGCCGGGAUUGCCGAAACUCGUGAAAAAAUCACUGAUAAAGCGAAUCAACUCGUUCAACGGCGUCUACAAAAGAGCAGCAACUUUAGCCAUUUUGAAAUCAAAGCCGAGAUCACACCCCCAGACUUGGAGAACAAAUCAAAGUAUCCUGUAGGCACCGUUAAUAGAUGGCAAGUGGUGGCGGAUUAUGUGGCGGAUCAUGCAGGUGUAGCUGUACGAACCGAAGAGGAACUAAUUCAAAAAGUGGGCGAAUUGAAGAAAGGUACUUCGGGAUUGGCGGAUCACGAAAAGGAUCAACUGCAGCACUUGAAAAAGCACAAUGAUGAUAAGCAUUUGGUCGAAGAGCCCACGAUCAAUUACGAUUAUAAUGAACCUGCAUCAACCGCCAAACCCGCCAAACCCGCCAAGGCAGCCAGGCCGGUGGAGGUCGCGGAACCAAAGAAAAAGAGCACUCCUCUCAACAAAGCUCAACCUGUCCCGACCGCAGCACCUACUACGGCAGGUCCCAAGAUGCAAGUUAAACUGGUUAAACCUCAAGUAGCCAAACCUGAGACAAAGCCAACCGUUACCAAGACGCCCGUCAACGUUGUAGCGGCGCAAACUGCCAAGCCUUUGACUACCAGCGUACCUGCAAAUGCAGCAAAGAAAUCACCUCCCAAACCAGUGGAGAAACCAUUGACACCGGUGAAUACUCCCAGCGGUAGUAAGCCGCAACCGUCACCGACGAUUCCGGAGCCUAAGCCUGCUGUAAUUCCUGUCGUACCACGACCGUGGAAUAAUGAAGAGCAGCAAGCGUUGGAGCAUGCAUUGCAAACGUACCCACCGAACUGGACCGGGGAAGGCGAUCGAUGGGAUCACAUCGCAUCCUUGGUUCAAGGCCGAACAAAGAAGGAAUGUAAACUGCGUGUGAAGGCGAUUUUGCAAGAAAUGCGAGCCAAGAAAAUGAACCAAUAGAGUCAACAUAUGGGGAACUGUACAUGAUGGUAUGUAAAGCGAUCAAAAUAAACUGGAAUCAUUCCAUGGAUUCGUGUAGGAGCCGUCUCCGGCAGGCGGCAUCUACACUCGUCCUUGAUUUUAAAAACGCAGCGCAGCCAUUACUCGUCAUUUGAUACUGUUAACGAAGUCAGCACUGACGUUGUUCAUGUACCCUAUAACAUUGACGUCGCCUUUGAUAUAGAAAAAAGGUACUGUUGCUGUUGUACUGUAAUUACGAUAAUCUUU